ACAAAAUGUCUCGCAACAAGAAGGCAAGUGCGAUUGUUCUGUUCGUAUCAGUGUCCCUCUUAGUAUACCUGUACCUGUUCAUCACAUGGCAAAUCCAGUACAUUGAGCUGACAAGGCGGAAACGUCAGGAUUUUUAUAACAAAAUGUCCUGGCAGUCUAGAAAUCUUUCGGAUUUUAUUCAGCCGGGCCGAAGCACAUGUUUAGUGUGUCCGAAAGUACCUGAACCAUGUCAGAAUGGUCGUGAUGUGAACAGUACGAUCUACUUUGUCACAUCUUCUCCUCAGAACAGAGAUAAACGAGACGCCAUUCGGACAACAUGGGGCAGAAAAGCAGACCCAAAACCUAUCUUCAUCACAGGACUUGUUCCGGAUCAAAAAAUAAUGAAUCUCUUAAAGGAGGAGGCUAGAGUCUACAAUGAUAUUGUUGUUGAGGACUUUAAUGACACAUACGUUAAUUUAACGCUCAAGACCGGCUUUAUUCUCAAAAACUUUCUUGCGAUCUGCCCAAAGGCCAAAUAUUUGAUGAAGUGUGACGAUGACGUGAUGAUAAAUCCACAUGUUGUUAGUGGCCUAGUUGGAAAAGUGCACGGAAACAACAAACCAUUAAUUGGACGAUUAUAUGUAAAUCCUACACCCUUUCGGGACAUCAACUCAAAAUAUUACAUCCCCUACUGGUUGUAUGAUAGAGAUAUGUUUCCUCCAUAUCUUUCUGGACCUGGGUAUCUAGUACCAGGUGAAAGUGUUCAAGGAAUACUACAGGAGAGCUUUCAGGAACCAUUGAUUAAUUUGGAAGAUGUUUUCUUCACUGGGAUGAUUUCUAUGGAGAGACUCAAUAUGACUCUGCAGAAUAGUAAAAGAUUUCUCACAUACUAUUCUCCAAGAGUGGGCAAAUGCACCUUCCAGCGAACUGCCUUGGUACAUCAUCUUGAAACUGAUGAACUGACACAAUUAUGGAAUACAACAUGGGACGAGAAAUUGAAUUGCAACAAAUCACAUCAUAAAUUUAGAGCUAUUUUUAAUGGAAUUGGUAUUCCACCAUUCUUUCUACGAAAAAAUUCUUUAGAUUUUGACUGAUUUACUCCAAGAUGUAUUUCUCAUUUGACGAUAAAUUCACACUGAUGAUGCUUCGUGUGAGCUUGAAAUUAUUAUCACUAGUGUACGACGAAAAAAUUCUCAUUAGGAUUUUGGAAGUAAUUUUAAAACAAAACUCAAUCUGUGGUGUUUGUUCACAAAGUGUGGAAAAUUUCGAGAGAUUUAUCGUAAAGUCAUCGAUCGAUGCUGAAGAUGUAUACUUAACGGUCCGACAAUUUAUUGUUCCAAUCAUCUUAUCUGGUGCUUUAUCGUACAUUUUUAAGCAAAAACACUUUUCUUUAACACUUUCUAUUUACACUUUAUGCACACAUUCAUUCAUUGCUAUCAGUUGAGGAUUUUUGUGUUUUGCAAUACGGUAAUACAAAUAGUCAAGAAAAACUGUAGCAUGAGAAGAAAAUAACUAGAACAUCAGUUUGAAGUUGUGAACAAAAGGAACUUAUGCUAUGACACAAAAUAUGUAUUUUAAGAUAAAAGUUUUUGGGUAAACAAGUAUAUUAUAGUAACGCAUGAA